GGACUCCAGGCGAGUCCCUGCGCUCCAGCCGGACGGCCCUGUUCCCGGGAGGAGGUGCUCGCCCGACCCCAUCAAGGAGGGAGGGUGGGCGCUGCAGGGCUGAGCUCACCCCCAGGGCUGGCCAGAUGGGACCAGGAGGGACAGAGCAAGUGGGGUGAAGGCCGUGGUGGGAGGGGCCCAUGAUGACGGGCCAGGGCUUGUGUAGAAAUGGGGGCUUUGGUUCCCCACAGCCCAGGACAGCUGAGAAGGGGUGGAGGGGCCCCAGGGGAGCAUCCAUCAGGCCUUGCGGGGCACGGGGGCCGCUCAGCAGCGCUGGGGCAGGUGCCUCUGCUGUCAGCUCCACCCGACAGACCAAGGCCAGUGGGGCCAUCACUUCCUGGGGCGACCCUGGCCAUGGCUGGGAGAUGCCCGGAUGGAGCGGGAGGCUGACGAAGGGCCCUGCAGGGCAGUUUGUGACUUUUUUGUUGAUCCUGGAACGUAGCUGGUGCAGUGAGAGGGAAAGAGAAUUGAAAAGCUCAGGCUGCCGCAGGUUCUGCAAUGAGAGGUGCAGGAGGCAGGAGCCUGGCCCAGGGGGUGCUGGUGCCUCCCCGGGGUCUGGGAGAACAGGAGGAAUGGCUGGGAAGUGGUUGGGGGAGCCAGGAGGCCUGGGGGCCAGGGGCUGCAAGGGAGGCUGUGGGGGGUGCCUGGCAGCCAGGAGGCCCCAGGUGGUUUUGAGGCUCGCUCUUGUACGGUGCCUGAGAAGACGGUGAAGGAGCCAGGGCAGGUCCCGUCCUGGGCAUUGGAGAUGAUGAAACUGAGCAGACCUGGCCCAUGUGGAGCUGGCCUGGGGGGCACAGCCCAGAGACAGGAGCUUAUGAGGAAGUGAGGCGGCGGCGUCAGAGGGUGCGGAAGGGGCCCUGGGAAAGGGCAGCCUUGGAUCAGGGGCUCACCGCAAGCCUGGCAUUUCAGCCAGGGCUAGAGGAGGCAGGGACACCUGGGUGAGAGGCAGAGGGCACAGCCAUGCAAAGGCCCUGGGACAGCACGGCACCUGGCAUGCGGGAGGAACAGAGUGAGGAGAGGAGGGCAGGGCCUUGUGGGCCUCAGGGAGGACUUUGGCACUUACCCCGAGGGAGUGGGGCCCCUGGGUGCCUGUCCAGAUGGGAAAGGCAGGGUCGGCUCUGUGGGGACCCGACGCAGGGGCAGGGGAAGCCGAGACCAGGGUGUAAGCUCUGCCCCCACCCAAGCCAGAUUCUACCCGAGGCCAGGCCCAGCCAGAGGAGGCAAGGCAGGAGGUUCCUGGAUGUUUGUUGGGUUUUAUGUUUUUGUUUUUGUUUUUUUUUUUUAUUGUGGUAAAAUACAAAAUCUACCAUCUUACAGUGAGGUGGCAUUCAGUACCUUCACCACGCCGUGCAGCCACCACCUCCGAUUCCAGAACAUUCUCAUCACCCAGAAGGCAGUCCUGUCCCCGUUACAUCACCUAGUCACCCCCAGGUCCGCCUCCCCAGUUCCAGCACCCACGAACCCUCUCCCUGCCUCUCUGGAUCAGCCUGUCCUGGACAUUUCACAGAAGUGGGAUCACAGCAUGCCCUUCUGUGUCUGGCUCAGAGGAGCGUGACAUCCUCAAGGUGCAUCCACACUGUGGCCUGGGUCAGAGCUUCGCACCUCCUGGUGGCUGAAUCUCAUUCCAGCACAUGGCUGGUCCCUCCCCUCACUGGGUGUUCGGUGUUCUCCGCCUCAGGUUGUCACAAAUUGUGCUGCUGUGAGGCCCCGUGUGCGGGUCUCAUCCUGGGUGUGUUUUACAAACGGACUGGGUGUGAGCGGGUGAGGAGAGAGGAGCUGGGGUGCCAGGUGCCUGCGCCCCUGACUGGGCACCGCCUCCUGCGAUCGAAGGUGCAAGGGGGAGACAGAAGCCCCUCAAGGGGGUGUGGAGAUGGAGAGGCCAGGCCCCAGGUGGGGCGUGCGUAGAGCUGGGGGCUCACAGCCACGGACCCCACCUGGCAGUGGCCCUGGCCCUGCCCACCCACACUGUGUCACCCCCCGUUGUUAAAUACUCAGAACGACUCUCCAGCCCUCCCCUCGCUUGAGGCCACCUCACCCCGCCCACUGCUGGGAGGAGGGAGCCGUCAGCGCUGUUGCCGGAACACUGGGUGGCCUUUAUGCUGUCAACAGUGGCCUCGGAGGCCUUCCUGGCAGGAGCGCCAGGGACCCAGGCAGACAUGCAAACCCUGAGGCGAGAGGCUGCCCGGCCCUAUGUCCCCUCGGGGACCCUCGAGGCCAGCUUCCCAGCACCUCUCUACAGUGAUGACUACCUGUCCCUGGAGGGUCCCCGCUGGCCACUGGCCAUCAGGCAGGCCACACGCUGGAAGUACACACCCAUGGGACGCGACGCAGCUGGCCAGCUGUGGUACACAGGCCUGACCAACUCGGACACCCGGGAAGCCUGGUACAACCUGCCGUUGGACCCGGCCAGCCCCUUCCGCGAGGCCUACAACCGCUGGCACGGCUGCUACCAACGCCGUGAGCACACCAUGCCAUCGGCGUACACCCAGCACCUUCGGGAGACCGCCUGGCACGACCCCAUCAUCCCUGCCCAGUACCAGGUCCCCAGCACCCGGUGGGGGAGCACGCUGUGGAAAGACAGGCCAAUCCGGGGCAAGGAAUAUGUCAUCAACAGGAACCGGUACGGGGUGGAGCCGCUAUGGAGGGCAUCAGACUACGUGCCCUCCCUGUCGGCACCCCAGCGCCCGCCUGGCACCACCCAGAACUACCGGGAGUGGGGUCUGGAGCCGUACUGCCCCUCCACCUGCCAGCGGCCCCUGCCUUCCUCCACGCCCAUGCCACGAUAAACGCAUGCCACGACGCACCCACUGUCUUUCUGCACCCAGAUGAGGGGGCACUAACCUCGUCCCGGGGACCAGAGGCUUGGGGCAGAGGGAGAUGCUGGGCUCACCGGCUGCCCACAACUAGGGCAGGGCUGUGAUGCCCAGGCUACCCCUGCCCAGGGACCCCCAGGCAGACAGGAGCCAGGCCGCCGUUAUCUCUUUAUUCGCUGCCAGCAGAGUCCACCAAGCCUACUGGGCAGUCCUGCUGCCCACCACCCCAUGACGGGGUCUCCUCUAGGUCCCAGCCGUCCUGAGGGGGCCCUGGCAGCAUCUGGAGCCCCCCCAGGCCAGAGGUGAGGGGUGAACUGGACCGAACUCAGGAUGAGGGUUCCCCCAGAUCCUUCUGGGAUUCCUACUUCCUGCCGAGAGGGGCACCCCAAAUCCUCCAGAGGGCUGGGCUGGAGUUGAGAAUGGGGCACCCUCAAAGCCCAGGGGUCCCUGCAAGCCCCUGCAUUCACAAGGCCCUGGCAGGCCUCCCUGCUGCCCUCACCCGACCCCAUCCCCGGGAGUGGGGCGAGGAUGGAGGGUGGGGGUCCAGAGGAGAGCGAGGGGCAGUGGGAGCUUCUCCUCGAGGCCCCGGGGGACAUCCUCGCGGUUCCCUUGACAGGUGCAGGAGACCAUCAGGAAUCAGGGCCGGGCGUCAGGGUCCCCUGCAAGGGAGGGGUGGAAAUGGCAUUAGGGAGGUUGGGGUGCGGCCCACACCCACCCCCACCCCGGUGUGGUCAGUCUCUGGGGAGGGAGGGGUGCGCCAGGACUCACAGCGUCGCAGGCGGAUGGGCCAUAGCAGGAGGCUGCAGAGACACAGGGCAGCGGCCACACCCACGCCGCCCGUCACGGCCACCAUCGCCCAGUGGUAGAAGCUCACGCAGGCCCUGCAGCAGAGCUCCGAGCUGUGGGAGGAGGUGGGGGCUAAGUAGGCACCGCGGGGACCCCGCACCCCAGCUAAACCUGUUCCUCCCCUCCCACCCGAGGGCGGCUCCGUCCUGUCCAAGCCAGGAGCUGGGGUCCCUGCAACUCCCUCCCUCCUGUCCCACACCCAACAGUUGGGCCAGUCCUGUCGGCCCUGCCUCCAGCGUCCAUCCCGAAUCCACUACGUCUCCCCGUCCCUGUCUCCCCACGUCCAGCUCCAGCACAGCCCACCUGCACCCGCCCAGUCCCCUCCUCCCUGGUCCCAGGCUCCACCCUGUCCCCCACCAGCUGUCCUCCCGGCAGCGACCACCAGAGGGCGUCUUUGCGCGCCUGGGUCAGGGCCUGUCCCUCCUCUGCCCACAGAUCUCCAUGGCUCCCACUGUCCUCGGGGUCAAAGCCCAAGUCCUCCCCAUGGCCCACCAGGCCCUGCACGACCUGCCCCAUCCCCUCCUUGCCCUCCCCUCCUCCCUCUGCUCCAGCCACACGGGCCUCCUCCCUGUUCCUCCAACACGCCAGCUGUGGUCCUGCCCCGGGCUUUGGCCUGGAACGCUCUGACAUCCUGCAGGUGUCAGGUCCAUGUCACCUCCUCCAAGAAGCCCUCCCUGGCUUCCUGCCCUGGCUGGCCAGGCUUCUCUGAGCGUUCACCUUUACACACCACCCACACCCAUCCCGACCACACAUUCACCUCUGUGACUAUUCACAGGGCUGGCUCUGCCCCAGGCCCAGACCAGCUUUGGUUUCCAGGCCCUGAGCCUCUACAGGCAUGAAUGCUGUGAUGCCGUGGUCUAGAACCAUCCGUGUCUGAACCCUGAGUUCUAUGGGUCUGGUUUACACAAACUCGGGGCUCCCUUCCAGCUGGGUCCACCCCCGAUAGAUUUCUGUACAGUGUUUUCAGCACUGCACACACAGACCCAGCGUUUGUUGAAUGAAUAAAUGAAGUGCUCAGUGGAAGAAAUGA